AUGCCACCCAAGAAAAGACUCAAAUGUAAGGCCACUGAAACCUCAUUUGAAGAAGUUGACUCAUCGACAGAUGAUGAAGAUCGGGACGUGUUUCUGGUUUCCCCCAGUCCUAAAAAGCCUCAACUACGGCACAACACGCCAUGGAUCAUCAAGUACGCGCCACAAACUACCUCAGAGAUUUGCAUCAACCCCACCAAAUUAAAGCAAGUGAAGGAUGCAUUGCAUAGAAUGAAGACACAUCAACUGAUGACCAAAGUGUUGGUCCUUGUAGGGCCAUGCGGAUCGAGCAAAUCAACAACAAUUAAAUUGCUUGCUAAGGAAAUAACCAAUCUGGACGUGUUUAAUGAUAGUUUGAUUGAGUAUGAUGAAUCAGAAAACAUUGGUCGUUUUUUACAAAGUUGCAAGUACAAGACACAGUCGGUAGUUUUGAUUGAGGAGCUUCCUAAUGUGUAUCAUGAGGACACAUUGAGAGAAUUUAGAGACGCUAUUAGGCAAUGGAUUUUUGCUGGAAUUGAAUUACCGCCAUUGGUGAUUUGCAUUAGCGAGUUUGAAUAUGAAUCGGAUAGAGCACAGGUUUCGUAUGGACUAGAGAAUAACAUGACCGGGGAUACGUUAUUGAGUCGUGAAUUGUUGAGUUAUCCGGAAGUGGAGACGAUCCGAUUUAAUCCGCUAGCAACGAGAUUUUUAAAGAAGACGGUGUAUUCAAUUUUGAAAAACGAAGGUUUAACCAAGCUACUAAGUGAUACAAAAUUCGAUGCAUUCCUUCAAGAGCUAUUCAAAGUGGGAGAUAUAAGAUCAAUCAUUUUGAAUUUGGAAAUGUGGGUGAAAUUUUACAAGUCUGGGGUUGAUUACAACCGAGAGAACGCUAUUGGAAUUUUCCAUGCAAUUGGAAAAGUGAUCUACUCAAGUAAAGAUUUUGAUGGGGAUGUCGAAACAAUCAAUCUGAAGACUGUUUCUCAAGUGUUGGAAACGUUGCCGGAGAAGAAUUUGAGUUUGUUGAAUUUGGGGUUAUUGGAAAACUAUCAUAUAUACCAAGAUUCAAGUUUUGAUUUGUCGAUUGCAAAACAUAUAACCAAUAAUUUAAGUGUCAAUGACUUAUCUCCCUUUGGUGAAAUUGGAGUGCGAUCAACGCGUAUUUAUUUAAGUAAAGCUGGUCCCAAAUCUUCAACUUCAAAAUUGAAAAUGAAGUUCCCACGUCAUUUCAAGGUGUUGAAAGCAAUGCGGAAAACCGCUACUCGAUUGAAUGAGUAUCGUCGGUACAUAUCACCUUCAAGCUCAAUUGAAAAUUUGAAUCUUAUUGAUGGGUAUUACAUGCCACUAAUAUAUAAUCGAAAAUACAAAACGCGAUAUCGUUAUAAUCGACUUGGGGGUAAGCUAAAUGAGAUUUAUGCCGAUGAUGAUGCUCCUGUUAUUGAUGACGAUUAUUCAUGCAACCACGACUAUGACCAAUUUCAGAAUGACAUUGAUUUUGCUGUUAACCGGCAAGGUGAUAAUGGUGGGGAUGAUACUGAGAGUGAUGCUUUAAGUGAUGAGAUUGAGGAGAGUCCAUUUGAAGAGUCAUCUGAUGAUGAGUUUGGAUCAGAUGCAGAGAUAGACUUGUUGAUUUCUCAAGGAAAAUUAUAA